CGGCCGCAUUAAUAUCAUCCGCGAUAUCCAUCCAUGCACUCGCUGGAUGGCAGUUCGGUUAGACACUUGUGUGUGAAAGCUUGAAGGAAGGGACAUGAACUCUCUGCUCCGGGGCUGCGGAUGCGGGAUGUAGAAAAUUGGAUAACAUCACCACUGACGACACGACGCGCUGCUGGAAGUGCGAAAGAUUUGCUGGUCGAUUCCUAUCGCAACCGUCGCCGCGGAUAGACGUGUUCCAGAGCGCGCGCGCGUUUUUCGCCAUUUGACCGACGAUCACUUGGCGCACGCUGGAGAGUCAGAUGGUUGGAUUGGAUUUUGUGGCGAUUUUUUUUGGUUUUCCCGAAGACUGAAAGUUGUGAGAAGUUUCGCUAGUGAAGCCUUCUGAAGGGGCUUUUCUAAGCCUAACGCAUAGAAAAACGGAUCGUGACCAAGACGAGACUAGCAGUUAAACGUGAAAACUCGUUGGAGUGAACUAAAAAAAAGUUGUUUAGCCAUUUUCGAUUUGCAAAACUGAUAUACAUAGUGUUUGGUGUCGUCAAAAGUGUUAUCUCAUUCGGAACAAAACCUCAGAUUUCAGUGCUACAACGACGCACUUAAUUGCGACGUGAGUUUUUUUAGGAUUACCGUGAGCAGGCAGGAGCCUGCUAAUAUUAUACAAAAUUUUCACGGACGGAAAUAAGGUGAGUUACUGAAGCUGGGUUCCGCCACUGGAGGUCGUGGAAUGUUUUGCUAUCACUGUCCACCUUCACUGCACCCGGCAGGACCCCAUCCGCCGCGAUUACCCACGCUAGAAUACCCGUUCGCACCGACGCAUCCGUACACAAGCUAUUCGUAUCAUCCUGCAAUUCACGACGAAAGUUUCGUGAGGAGAAAGCAACGCAGAAAUAGAACAACGUUCACUUUGCAACAGCUGGAAGAACUCGAGACUGCAUUCGCCCAAACUCACUACCCCGACGUAUUCACCAGGGAAGAUCUGGCAAUGAAAAUAAACCUCACCGAGGCCAGAGUGCAAGUCUGGUUCCAGAACCGACGGGCCAAAUGGCGCAAAGCCGAACGGUUGAAAGAGGAGCAGCGGAAGCGAGGCGAUGGAUCUGAUCCGCAGUUAUUGAAUGAUAAGCUGGAAACCGAUAGUCGUGACUCAAGUCCGGAUAUUACUGGCGACGCCGACGAUGAUGAUAUGCGUAGUUCCAGUGCACCACCGAUGAGCCCACGGAUGGACUCUGAACCGGAUAGACCACUUUCCACCAAUCAAUUGCACUCGAUGACUCAAUCCGGAUCGAAUAGUGCUGGAACGCCGUCGCCAGGUUUGAAAUACUCGCAACAACUGAGUCCGACACCCUCGAUGUCGGCCGAUUCUCCAAUCGAAGUCGGAGGUCCCAUUUCGCUAACAACGUCGACACGUGCUUCAGCCGAAGAUUCUAGUCCGCUUCCAGCCACAAGCAGCAGUGGCAGUACAAGCGGUCAAAACUCAACAGCUGCCAGCAGCGCUCCCAGCUUCAGCAGCCACCUCUUUGGUAGCUUCAGUGAAAGUAACGGUGGAUUUCGACCGGUCCUGGACAAUGGACAGCCAAGAACGACUCCCCCGCUGUUUCUGCCGCCGCAUUUGGCUUCCCUCGGGUCCCAGUUUGCGCCCCCGCUGUUUCCCAAUCUCAAAGCUGCCUUCCCCAGUCUGUGUUCAUGCUGCCCGGUAAAAUCGCCCAUCACGUCCGGCUCGUCGACAGCCACCUCAUCACCUAGCUGUACAUCUUCGGUGCACUCGUUAUCCACCACUGCCACUAGCAACACCCUCGGCACAGCCGACCCACGCUCGUCCUCGGUUGCCGAACUUCGACGGAAAGCACAGGAACAUUCCGCCGCUUUGCUACAUUCGCUGCAGGCGGCUGCGGCAGCUGGAUUAGCUUUUCCUGGUUUUCAUCUACCACCGCUGUCACUUCACACUGCCCUCAGCGGUGGUCGAAAGCCGAGUGAUUUCAUCAGUGACCUCUCGAUGCAUCAUCAUUUGAGCAAUCACGCCGCCGGACUGACCGCACUCGGAGCGCCCAAUCUGAACAACAACAACAAUAAUAAUAAUAGCCCAAAUAGUACCAACCACAACAAUCCCGGCAUUGGACAGGGUUCACCCAGGCACAACGGGGACAAAUCCACUAACGAUUAAUAGGAGGGAAUGGCCGGUUCAAAGCAAAUGUGAUGUUGAACAGUAUCGAAGACGAUUGUGUAAAUACUUAAUUACUGGUGAAAGUAGCAUUUUCCCAUUUGUGCAGUUUUAUUCGUACUAUUAUUACAAAUAAUACUUAGUGAGAAUAGGUUUUAGACAUUGCAAUAACUUAGGGUUAGUGUAUUCGUUCACUUUGCUUACCCACCAUUAUUACUUAAUUUAGUUUGUUACUAUAGCGAAAGAUAGUUAACCAAAACAUUCCUUACAUGUAUGGUGAAUGAAAAUUUUCAAAAUUGUUCCAUUAUUUCACUCAACAAGUUGAGCCCACAAGGUAGUUACUGUAAAUAUCACUAAGAAUACGUAAAGCACAUGCCAAACAAAAUCAAAAAUAUCUAGCUAAGAAAAUUAGAAAAUUUGCUAGCAAAAACAUGAAGCCAACAAAGCAGCGUUGGAAAAUAUUUUCUAAAAUAAAACAAUCCUGUACAGAGAUUAUGCUUCAUUGGUCGAAUGUGUAUAUUGAAUUAAUAAGCAGCGAUUGCUAUGUCAUUGCAAUUUAAUAAAACAAAUAAAUAAACGAUUACCCAUAAUAAGAACCGA